AUGAGUGCUGAUGAUGCUAUGCAAUUAGACGCCUUGAUCCAAGGGAAGGUGGCAUUUUCGGGACAUGUUAUAUCACAGGGAGGAAUUGCAGUGGAUCCUUCAAAAAUUGAAGCAGUAGUGCAGUGGGAACCACCUACGACCGUUACAGAAGUUCGGAGUUUUCUUGGACUUGCUGGCUAUUACCGGAGGUUCAUCAAAGGAUUUUCACAGAUAGCCUUACCUUUGACUUACCUUACACGAAAGGAAGUUCCAUUUAUCUGGAUGGCUGAGUAUGAUAGAAGUUUCAAGAUACUUAAGGAAAAGCUAAUAACUGCACCUGUAUUAGUACUACCCGACCUGUAG